AUGGAGAGAAGCAAUCACACAGUGACCAAGUUCAUCCUAGUGGGUUUCACCACAGACCCCAUGAUGCAGCUGGUCCUGUUCGUGGUGUUCCUCUGUGUGUACUCUGUGACCAUGGUAGGAAAUACCAUCCUCAUAAUGUUGAUCUGUAAUGACUGCCGGCUACACACUCCCAUGUAUUUUUUCAUUGGGAAUCUGUCUUUUCUGGAUCUCUGGUAUUCCUCUGUCUACACCCCAAAGAUCCUUAUGACCUGCAUCUCUGAGGACAAAAGCAUCUCCUUUGCUGGCUGCCUAGCUCAGUUCUUCUUCUCUGCGGGGCUGGCGUAUAGUGAGUGUUACCUGCUGGCUGCCAUGGCUUAUGACCGCUACGUGGCCAUCUCCAACCCCCUGCUUUAUGCUCAGGCCAUGUCAAGGAGGCUGUGUCACUGUUUGGUUAUAUGUUCCUAUACUGGAGGUUUUGUCAACGCUGUCAUACUCACCAGCAACACAUUCACAUUGGAUUUCUGUGGUGACAAUGUCAUCGAUGACUUUUUCUGUGAUGUCCCACCCCUGGUGAAGUUGGCAUGUGAUGUGGAGGAGAGCUACCAGGCCGUGCUGUACUUCCUCCUGGCCUCCAACGUCGUUACCCCCACUGUGCUCAUCCUCGCCUCCUACCUCUUCAUCAUCCAUGCCAUCCUGGGGAUCCACUCCACCCAGGGCCGCCUCAAGGCCUUCUCCACUUGCUCCUCCCACCUGACCUCUGUCACCUUGUACUAUGGCUCCAUUCUCUACAUCUACUCUCGUCCAAGUUCUAGCUAUUCCCUUGAGAGGGACAAAAUGGUUUCUACAUUUUAUACUGUGCUGUUCCCCAUGUUGAACCCCAUGAUCUACAGUCUGAGGAAUAAAGACGUGAAAGAAGCUCUGAAAAAAACCCUUCAGGUUCACAUUAUCUGA